CUCUUCACUCUUUUCCCCACUAAGCACCAACUACCAACUACCACGAUGACUGAUAUCCACGACCAAGCAACGCUCGCGGCCGCCAUCGCCAACUUCAAGCCCACACCCCGCGAGGUCAUCAGCGGGAUCGCACCGCAUGUGUUCGAGGAUCGGCGGUACCUCCAGCGGAGGCGGAGCAGCAGGCGCAAUGGGAGCCCGGGGAGGCGGCAGAGGGGCCGCCAGGGGGCUAAGCGGUCGCCGUUGAGGGUGUCGGCUGUUAUCAAUCUGGAUGACCCAGAUGAGACGUGCGCGCAAGAGACGGUGGGGCAGGUGUCCUCUAAUAAUGCGGCGGACGCUGCGCGCAAUAUCAACCAGUCGAGGAGGCGGACGUUCCUCAGUAUGCAAGUGUCGUUGGUGAUAUUGAAGACUCUCACUUCUAAAUUAAAGACGCGACACCAUUAGGGAUUUCACCCACAUUCUUUCAUUCAGGACUCGGGAGUUAUCUUAUUAUAUCCUUUUUGUUUUUUUGUUUUUGUUGUUUUCCUUCUCGCUAACAUAAAACCGGAAUCGCCUCUCCCUUUCCCUUUCACUCUUACUGCAUACCCAAGGCUUGCCAUAGAUAGACGCAAAUUCAUCAUUCAAAUGUACUCCAAUCAUGUAUCGCUGUAUACCCAUCCAAACCCCGCAUGCGACGUCGGGAAGAAAAA